AUGUCAAAACUUAUCCGGCUACACAUAUCGGACAACUAUUUCACUGGUAAUGUGCCAAAAGAUCUCAGUAACCUAAGAAAGCUUGAAGUUCUCAACCUUGCAGGCAAUCAAUUAACCUCUGAGGUUGGUUUUCUUACUUCUUUGACAAAUUGCAAAUUUUUGAGAACAUUGUGGGUAGAUUAUAAUCCUUUAAAAGGCACUCUUCCAAAUUCACUAGGGAAUCUUUCCGUUGCUCUUGAAAGUUUUACAGCAUCAACCUGCCAUUUCAAAGGAACCAUUCCCACAGGAAUUGGUAAUUUGACCAAUUUGAUAUGGCUUGACUUGGGAGCUAAUGACUUAACAGGGUCGAUUCCAGCUACAUUGGGACAGCUACAGAAGCUCCAACGAUUGUACAUUGCUGGAAAUAGAAUACAAGGAUCCAUUCCAAAUGAUCUUUGCCAUUUGAAGAACUUGGGAUACUUGCAUUUGAGUUCUAACAAAUUGUUUGGAUCAAUCCCAAGUUGUUUUGGAGAUCUUCCUAUGCUACGACAACUCUCUCUUGACUCCAAUGUGUUAGCUUUCAACAUUUCUACAUCCUUUUGGAGCCUUAGAGAUCUGUUGGUUCUUAGCUUAUCUUCAAAUUUCUUGACUGGUAAUCUACUUCCCGAAGUUGGAAACAUGAAGUCCAUUACAACAUUGGACCUGUCAAAGAACCUUAUUUCAGGUUACAUUCCAAGAAGGAUAGGGGAACUACAAAAUUUGGUUAACCUUUCCUUGUCCCAAAACAAACUGCAAGGCUCAAUACCUGUAGAAUUUGGUGAUUUGCUAAGCUUGGAAUCCAUGGAUCUAUCCCAGAACAAUUUAUCUGGAACCAUUCCCAAGUCAUUGGAGGCCCUUAUUUAUCUCAAGUAUCUAAAUGUUUCUUUCAAUAAACUACAAGGAGAAAUUCCGAAUGGAGGACCUUUCGUAAAUUUCACUGCUGAAUCGUUCAUCUUCAAUGAAGCCUUAUGUGAGCACGUCAUUUUCAAGUCAUAG